AGUUGCCAUACAAAUCAAUCCCACUAGAGAGAGAGAGAGAGAGAGAGAGAGAGAGAGAGAAUGGGUUCCAGAUCAAUGUUAGAGAAGACUCAUGCAGUUUGUGUACCAUUCCCAGCUCAAGGGCACAUCAACCCCAUGCUAAAACUAGCCAAACUCCUCCAUAACAGAGACUUCCACAUAACCUUUGUUAACACAGAGUCCAACCACAACCGCGUCCUCAAAUCCAGAGGCCCCGACUCCCUCGAUGGCCUCCCCUCCUUCCGCUUUGAGACUAUACCUGACUGCCCUCCGGAAACGGACAACAGCAAAUACUGGUUAGCUCCUUUUAAAGACCUUCUUUCCAAACUCAGUGACACUGCUACUUCCAACGUCCCACCGAUCACUUGCAUAAUCUCUGAUGCGGUCAUGCGCUUCACAUUCGCAACUGCAGAAGAACUUGGCAUCCCCCGUGUUUCUUUCUGGGCAGCCGGUGCUUGUGGCUUCAUGGGUUUCUUCCAAUACCGCAAUCUUGUCGACAAGGGUUUCUUACCUGUCAAAGAUCCGAGUUUUAUCACAAAUGAAUAUUUGGAUACGAUUGUAGAUUGGAUACCAAGUAUGCAAGGUAUACGCUUGAAGGAUAUUCCACAAUUUAUUCAUUGCUUUAAACAAUGUGACUUUAUGAUUAAAUUUACAUCGGAGAUAGUUGAGACAACUCUCAAAUCUUUCGCACUCAUUAUUAAUACAUUUGAGAAAUUGGAGCAUCAAGCUUUGUAUGAACUUUCAUCCAUGUUUCCUCCAAUUUACACCAUUGGACCUUUACACUUACUCCUGAAUCAGACCAAGGAUCGUAGUUUGAAGUCAAUAGGAUCAAAUUUGUGGACAGAGAUGCCUGAGUGCCUAGAAUGGCUCAACUCUAAAGAACCUAACUCUGUUCUUUAUGUGAAUUAUGGAAGCUUAACUGUAAUGACACAAAAUCAACUGGUUGAGUUUGCGUGGGGACUUGCUAAUAGCAACCAGACCUUUUUAUGGAUAGUAAGGCCUGAUCUUGUUGCUGGCGACUUGGUUGUUAUUCCACCAGAAUUCGUGGCAGAAACCAAAGAAAGAAGCCUACUCACAAGUUGGUGCCCACAAGAGCAAGUCCUCUCACACCCGUCAAUUGGAGGGUUUUUAACUCACUGUGGGUGGAACUCCAUUAUUGAAAGCAUUUCUAGUGGAGUGCCAAUGAUAUGUUGGCCAAGUUUUGGAGAUCAGCAAACCAACUGUUGGUAUAUCUGCACUCAAUUAGGGAUUGGUGUAGAGAUAAACAGUAAUGUUAAUAGAGAUGAAAUUGAGAGAGUUGUGAGAGAGUUGAUGGUCGAAGACAAUGGUAAGAAGAUGAAGAAAAGAACCAUGGAGUGGAGAAAAAUAGCUGAAGAGGCCAUUGUGAGUUCAUCAGCUUCAUCUUUCUCAAAUCUAGAGAAAAUGAUUAAGCAAGUUCUUCCUCCUCCUAGACAUUAGGGUAAUUAAAGUAACUGUUUUACAAAAAAGUGUCUUCUAUUCCAUUUCAACAAAUUGUUUUGUUUUGGGAUAUGUAAUUUAUGGAUAUUGUUUGUUAUUGAUA